AUGGGAAGAAAAAAAUUGGAAAAGUUAUACACUGUGACUCACUAUAUAUAUGCAAGGUCAGAUGUUCCUUCCUUGGUUAAUUGGAUUGUUAAAGACAAAUCUGCUUGGAUUGGUUAUGUGGCUGUAGCCACAGAUGAAGGAAAGGAAGUGCUAGGAAGAAGAGACAUUUUGAUUUAUUGGAGAGGAACUAAUUCUAAGACCGAAUGGCUCGAAGAUUUUGAUUGCAAUUUGACAUCAGCGUCAGAAAUUUUUGGGAAAACCCAUAAUCCACAUGUGCACGAAGGAUUUCUCUCCCUCUACAAGUCAUCAAAUAUUGAACCAGCCUCAUACAAUAAGUGGAGUGCCAGAGAUCAGGUGUUGCAUGCAGUUAAGACACUGGUGAAUAAGGUUGAUUACAGAGAUGAGGAAAUCAGUAUAACUGUAACAGGUCACUGUCUCGGCGCAGCGCUUGCCACAUUGAGCGCAACUGACAUAGUUGCCAACAAGCAUAAUAGGUGCACUGGAUCAGACAAAAUAUGCAUGGUCACGGCCUUCGUGUUUGCAAGCCCCAAGGUUGGAGAUAAAGGAUUCAGGGAAGUAUUCCAUCGACUCAGCAAUCUUCAUCUGUUGCGUAUUAAAAAUAAAUUGGACGUUGUACCUAAACUUCCUCCUUUCCCUCCCUAUGAACACGUGGGAUUAAAGUUCUCUUUAAGAGUUACAAGGAACUGUUAUCAAAACUUGAGGAAGGGCUUCAUUUUCAUAGUUUGA